AUGGAGGAGCCCUGUAGGUCUGGAGGAGAAGCAGCAGGGAAAACGCAACAGGCAGGCUCCCAGUCAAGACGAGCGAAGCUGGCCAUCCUCAGCGGGUCUGGGAAGUUUCGGGAAGCGGGGACUGAGCUGGACCCCAAGGGAUGGGCUGCAGCACAUCACCCAGCUGGAGCCUGCCUGCCUCCUGCCACGGAGUUCGACGGAGCGCAGCGCUGGGCAUCUCCUUUAACCGCUCGCUCAUCCCUCGCUGACGGCUCAGCUGAGAUCGCGGAGGCUGGUUUGCGCAAGUGCUGCGCGCCAAGUCCCGGGGGAACGGGCUGCGAGCGCACGGGCAGCGAGGUAACCCAGGCGCCCACCUCCAUGAACGUGCCCGCAUCGUGCGCAGCCUCCUUCCACCGGAUAACGGGGAUAAGGGCCCACGCCGCGAAGGAGAAAGCCAGUCGCCAGCCAAGCACGGCGCUGGCCGCCUCCGCGCCCCCGCUGGCCUCCGGCUCGCCAUUCCCCCGGGCCGGCGCGGUCGGCAGCGGAGCCCGGGUAGAGGAGCCGCUGCGCCUGGGGGCAGGGCGGGGGGAGGGGGGGGGGGGCGGCCGGGGCCGCGGCCCCCCGCGCCGCGACCAGGCGGUGCAGACCGGCUUCGUCGGCCCCAUCCGCAGCCUGGGGCUGGGGCUGGGGUUGGGGUUGGGGCUGGGGCCGGCCCGGACGCUGGGUUCCCCCGGUUGCCGGCCCGGAGCCCCUGCCCAGCCACCUCCUCCCUUCCCGGCCACCUCCCGCUUCAUGCCCGGCACCAUCUGGUCCUUCUCGCAAGCCCGGCGCUUGGGUCCGGGGCCGGAGACCACCCUGGUGCAGGGACCGGGGGUCUCCUGGGUCCACCCGGACGGGGUGGGCGUGCAGAUCGACACCAUCACCCCGGAGAUCCGAGCCCUCUACAACGUCUUGGCCAAGGUGAAGAGGGAGCGCGACGAGUACAAGCGCAGAUGGGAAGAGGAGUACACGGUGCGUGUCCAGCUUCAGGACCGGGUGAUGGAGCUGCAGGAGGAAGCCCAGGAGGCUGAAGCCUGCCAGGAGGAGCUAGCCAUGAAGGUGGAGCAGCUCAAGGCAGAGCUUGUUGUCUUCAAGGGACUGAUGAGCAAUAACAUCACGGAGCUGGACACCAAGAUCCAGGAGAAGGCCAUGAAGGUGGACAUGGACAUCUGCCGGCGCAUCGACAUCACUGCCAAGCUGUGCGACGUGGCGCAGCAGCGGAACUGCGAGGACAUGAUCAAGAUGUUUCAGGUCCCAGCCUCGGUGGGGCGGAAGCGGGAGCGCAAGCAGGUCAGCGAUGAAGACACCUCGCUGUCGGAGAGCGAUGCCUCCCGAAAACCUGAAGAGGAAGAGGAGGACGAGACCACGGCCAUGAGUAUCAAUGAGGAAAUGCAGAGGAUGCUGAACCAGCUGAGGGAAUAUGACUUUGAGGAUGACUGUGACAGUCUCACCUGGGAGGAGACGGAAGAAACGCUGCUCCUCUGGGAGGACUUCUCCGGAUACGCCAUUGCAGCCGCAGAGGUGCAGGGGGAGCAGGACGACAGCCUGGAGAAGGUGAUCAAGGACACGGAGUCGCUGUUCAAGAGCCGUGAGAAGGAGUACCAGGAAACCAUCGACCAAAUAGAGCUGGAGCUGGCGACGGCCAAGAACGACAUGAACCGGCACCUGCACGAGUACAUGGAAAUGUGCAGCAUGAAGCGAGGCUUGGACGUGCAGAUGGAGACUUGCCGGCGGCUCAUCACCCAGUCUGGGGACAGAAAGUCUCCUGCCUUCACCCCGGCCUCCAACAGCGAGUCAGCCCCGACCGAGGAGAGUGAAGAGUCCGACCGUGACCCCCCCAGCGACGCUUCCAUCAGAUAAUGAGGGGAGGCCCCGCUCCCUCGGACCCCCUUCCUGGCAUGGGGGUGCCUGAGCCGCGCCUGGGAGAGACUGUCAGGGACGUGGAGCCGCUGGUAAACAUCUGUCGCCCAGGCUCGCUCCCGUUUCGGGGUGCUUGGCAGAUCCCACACCCCACCACCACCGGAUAUCUUGCAAAUGGGAAUAGCUAGAUAGACCUGAGGGCCCUCACCCGGGCCGCUCAGCCUCCAGCCCCUUCUCUAUUCCCUUCCCCUAGCUUUGGUUAAACCGCGGUUCGGGCAGGGAGGCUCCAAACCUGCCGCGGCGGCGUUCUCCAGGACCUGUCCCCAGGCCACCCCCAGACCCACCUCCUCCAGCCUCCGUCCUGGUACACUUGACCUGCCCCGUGCCCUCCCUGCGCCACACGGAGCCGAACGAGAGCUGUACCUCCCUGCAAACUGGACCUGACACUGGUGCCAACUGGACCGAGCCCGGGGCUCUCUCUGUCCUUGCUGCUGGCCGGGCGCCCGGCUGGUCCCCGUGCUGGGCCGGGCACCCCGAGCCCCCCCGCCUCCUCUGGGGCAGGGGACGAGUCCCGCUCACCGUGCACUUUGCUUUGCCGCAUGUCAGCGGUGCGCUCGCGACUGUGUUAUGGGGGCAAGGAGUCAUUAAAUGGGACAGUUUCCUUUUCUA